AUGGUAUUGGAGGGGACCUACCCCGACCUCUCAGCGGACACGCACAGUCGCCGCUACGGGACCUACCGAGAGGCCGCCACAGGCCACGCGCCCCCAGAUGCCGCUUUCUCGCUAGUUACGGCGGGAAACGCGGAAAACCACGUUAAAUUCCUGCUAUUAUUUUUGCUUCCUUCUGACAGACCAAAGAGAACACUGUACAGUAAGAAGUAUGGCGUGGACCUCAUCAGGUACACACAUGCUGCCAACACUGUUGUGUACAGCUCCAACAAAAUAGAUGAUACAAUCCGGUACCUCUCCCUGCAUGACAACAAAUACAUUCGAUAUUUCCCUGGGCAUACAAAAAGAGUGGUUGCUCUUUCAAUGUCUCCAGUGGAUGAUACUUUUAUUUCUGGAUCCCUUGAUAAAACUAUUCGACUUUGGGAUCUCCGCUCUCCAAAUUGCCAGGGUUUAAUGCAUCUCCAAGGGAAGCCUGUGUGUUCUUUUGACCCAGAAGGGUUGAUUUUUGCUGCUGGAGUCAAUUCUGAAAUGGUGAAGCUUUAUGAUCUCCGUUCUUUUGACAAGGGGCCAUUUGCUACGUUUAAAAUGCAGUAUGAUCGAACAUGUGAGUGGACAGGCCUGAAGUUCAGUAACGAUGGCAAACUCAUUCUCAUAUCGACUAAUGGAGGGUUCAUUCGACUGAUUGAUGCUUUUAAAGGAGCUAUCCUGCAUACUUUUGGGGGUUAUAACAAUAGUAAGGCUGUCACGCUGGAGGCAUCAUUCACACCAGACUCUCAGUUCAUCAUGAUAGGUUCAGAGGAUGGGAAGAUUCAUGUUUGGAAUGGGGAAAGUGGGAUGAAGGUGGCUGUGCUGGAUGGGAAACACACGGGUCCUAUAACCUGUCUGCAGUUCAAUCCAAAAUUCAUGACUUUUGCUAGCGCAUGUUCCAAUAUGGCCUUCUGGUUGCCAACUAUCGACGACUAAUUCCUACACUGCAGCUGCUGUCAAGUGACUUCCAUACUGCUAACAGCAGCACGUCACUGCAAGCACAGUAUUGGAAUUGCCUAGAUCUCCUAGACUGUGUUCCUGUUCCUACAUAUGUUUCCAUAUGUCUUACCUUAUUUGCUGCAUUCCUUUGCGAGGACUCCUCUGUGGCCUCCUAUCAUGUUCAGAAGUGGCAUGCUACAUGUUCUUACCUUCCAGUCCGUGCCCAGCAGGCUUCAGCUGAAGUUGGAACUGACACAAGUAUUAUUUCUGAAAACAAUGAAUCUGCUUUAUUUACAAAAUGUUUGUGGCAUUUUUUAAGCUGUAACUGUGUGUGUUCCUUCUGUAAGUGCACAAGGCUGUUGAUGUUCCAAGAUGGAACACGUAGUUCCUUCCCAUAAGUGCAUGUUUUUCACAUCUGGGAUCUCUGGUUUCAUUGCAGUCCACUGAUGAAAAGUUACUUCUGUGCCAAAUGUGAACACUGACAGUUUUCAACUUCAGCAGCAGAUGCUGGAUUCUCUUUCAGUGGACCAUGCACCGAAAGAGUGGGUGACUGUAAAUACACAUGAUACACCCUGUUACUCUUUCUUUAGCGAUUUAGCGUGCAGCAAACCAUACAGGUUUUGUCCACUGCCUGAGCUUGCUGAAGCUUCCCUUCUGUUUGCUGGGCCAGCAUCCCAGAGGGCGCUGAGACAGUACUGCUGAGGUCCAGUCGGUGUCCCAAGCAAUAAAGGAGUCUGUCAGCAGGAAGAUGGAGAAACCAAACUGAGACUGAAAACACAGUCUGCCCUGUGUAUCUUCCUUAUGUAUCAUGGCUGUUCUUACUUGUAAAUAUUUGGGGGGGAGGGGGAGGGCAGUGGGAAUGGGCCAUAUUUUUUUACUUUUAGAUAUUAAAGAAUAUGAUGUGGGCCAGUAUUGUGGGGUGUCUAGGCUGUUUACCUUCACCCAUGCAGUUUUCCCUUCCUGGUUUGUAAAUAAGCUCCAUUAAGUUCUCCCCACACCAGGCUUAGACCUGUAUCCCUUUGUUGAUAAAACUGACAUGCAGUUCAUCAUGCAUUUUGUUACAGGUCCUGCAGCUUUGCAGCGAUGGCCCUGAAAGAGUGAUGCUUCCUUUGUCAGAUGGUGUCUCCAGAAUUGAAUUUUAAAAAACUUACAUGUGACUGUGCUGACUCUGCUUUGCUGUGGCCCUGCUCCAUGGAACGCCCCUGCAAAGAGACGGGAGGGAUGUGCUCUGCUGCUCCAGAGGGGCUUGUGGGCGAAUGGCACAGAAAGGAUGGCAGGCUGGUCUUCAAGCCUGCUUCCAGUUUGGUUUUUUUUCCCUGAAACAUUGCAUUGAUCAAAUGCAUGAACCAGCAGGCCAGGCCAGGCUCAGCUUAAAUGUGGUGUUAAUUGUAUUCUUGCCUUUCCAAACACACUUGGUUUUAUGUGCUGGGUCACAGCUUGGAAAGUCAGUUCUUUCUCUUGCCCAGGCGUGUGUGCUUCCCCACUCCUAAAUGUAAAAUGCUGGUAAGGUGGCAAGGACAGUAGUGGGCCUGUUCUCUCUGCUCUCAGGUGUCAGUCCAUACUGGAGAACGCUGCUCGAUCAUUUUACCUUAGGUCAGUUGUCUGGAUGUUCCCCUGCUACAGCAAAGUUCAUCUCAACUGUGGGGCCCUGUAUAUAAUUCAGAGUAUGUCUCCCUAGAAAAGUCAGUUGGCUUGCAGAACAGCUUCUCUUGCUUUUUCUUGCCUUCCCCGGUGUCCCCACCCCCAAUCCUUGUCAGUGGAGAUGAGCUGUGUGGAUGGGGAGGCAGCAUUUUUCCACUCUGGUUCCUUGAACGUAGCAGCUCGUGCUGAGCUGCAGCAGUUGCCUGUGACAGUGGGCAGGAGGACUGCCCACACGAGGCAGUCUGAUAAACUUGUCUGGAUUGGUGCUGCGGUUGAAGCUUCUCCUUCAGCUCUGUGGCUUGCCUCUGCUGAUGCUGCUGCAGGUGUUCCAAGACAUUUCUAACAGCACAGGUCUGUGAUGGGAUGUGAGUUGCUGUCCUCCAGACCGGAGGAGGGAAGGGAAUGCUCGGACUGAUUUUGAUCUUGCCAAACAGGCCUGCUGUUAGAGAUGCGGAAGAGAAAUUCAUACUGUUCCGCCAACAUCCCUCUUCCUGUACUGCCCCACCGUCACCUAUAGAUGCCCACUGUGAAGGGAGAUAGUUAUCUCGGUCCUCACUGUUGACCAGCUUUCCACAGCCACCUCUUCAGCUCAGUAUUGUGUUUCAGGCUGCUUGGUGCUAUUUUCCCAUUGUUGGUGUUUCUGUAAGCAGCCAUACUUUGCAGUGGUUUGUAACAUCCAGGUAUUUGGGGUUUGUGAUGCAUUUUAACAGUUAAAUUUUAGUGUUCAGUAGCAAAUCAUCUUUCAGGGUUUUACCAGGUCUGUUGCUUGAGGAAGAGAACAGAUAACCUCCAGCCAUUUUUCUUACUUUUCACAGGGAAGCACUUGGAAGGCUCUUAUUCUAAAAAUGCUCUUCAUUAAUGUGGUUUGAGUGUUUGUCUAAAGACCAUUGUUCAGCUCUCUUCUGCUUGCAGUGUUGGUUGGAGCACAAAAUCUUUUAAGAAAAGAGGAACACAGGACUGAUUAAGAAGGACACAUACACUAAGAACAUUAGUGACUUUCUGGCUUUUAAAUUUGCAGGUUUGUGCACACCACAGCACUAAUGCUCAGUUCAGAAUAAAAUCUGAAUGCCUUCCCAGGGCCCACUGCCACCUGCACGGGCAAAGACAUCUUUCUUAGCUGGUGUAGCACUUGGUGUUUUCCAUCUGCCUUUUAAAGAGGGACACGAGCCAAGUGUUGUCAAGUAUUGUGUUUCUAGGUUAGACCAGAAAGGUGGUAAAGCUUUUAGCUUCCAGCUUCUGUGUGCUUCUCUGAAAGUAUCAGGACCAAUUCCUGUGCUCUUCAGGGCAGCUGGCUGAGAAACAGACCUCAUUAAAAACAGCACUCCCAGCUCUAAUGGAGUGUCCAACCUCAUGCAAAGCCAAGCAGGAAGCAGCAUGCCCCCUCCAGAUUUAACAGUGAAAAGAUCAAUCCUUCCAGUGUUCUUUGGGAUGAUGUGGGCCUCAACAGCCCACCUGUAAAUAAGUGGUGGUGGCUGAGCAUGUCUGGGCUGUGGGAGAUUUCGGGUCUAAUUCUCCAAGUUAGUCUCUGACAGAGUUGGUUUUUUUAAUUGAGGCUCCCAGGUCCUUGCUUCAUGUCCCCACCCCUGCUCUGGGGGACACAGGAGCAACUGGGUGAACAAAUUUGGAAGCAGCAGUGUAUCUUUUGCAAUGCCUCUUGACUAUAUUUGCACUUUAAGAGACUUUACCUUGGUUUUGGGUCAGGGACUAGGAUCCUGGUGAGCCUUGGAAACUGGUCUCUUUGGUCAUGACCUGGUAUGGGGAGUUUAACGCCUAGGUGGUAUCUGCCAGAUGAGUGUAAAUACAUGAAGUCAAAUUAUGCUUUGUCACAAAAUACUACUUAUGUAGAGAAUUCAAUGUUGUGGCUGUUAUGAAUAAAUAUUUUGUAGAGAUAUCA